CCCUGGUCCGAUAAGCUUCAACUGAACUCUCAGACGAAUGAACUUCUGGAUUGCUAUGCUAUAGAAACACUUUCUUUCAUCUAUUUACUUUGUCUCUAUCUAUCAAAACCCUCCAUCCCACCUUACAUAUACGCAUCAAACCUCGACACAACCAAGCAACCAUGUCCGCCGAAUCCCUCCCCAUCAGCCCCGCCGCCUUCGCCGAAGCCAUCAAAGAGCUUCCCCUCCCUGUGCUCUACGCCAAAGUCUCCGAGAUCCGCAACUCCAUGGCGCACCUCCACCGCUCCAACCAGGAACUGAGGACAUUCAUCAAUGAAUCAUGCGACACGGACUCCGAAAAGCAAGAACUAGAGGCAUAUAUCAAGGAGAACGAGGACGUGGCAGUGUCUAUGCUGGAGAGGAUCGAGCUACUGAAGACUGAGGUGGAAAAUCGGGGACAGAAAUGGAUUGAGCUGGAGGAGCCGGAAAAGGAGAGGGAGAAUGGUGAAAGGAGUGCCAAUGGAAAUGAGAAUGGAACGGUGGAAGGGACGGAGGAGGUGCGGAACCCCGCUGCGGGGAAUGAGGACCGGAAUCAAGAUCACGAUCAGGAACAGGACCAGGAGGGAGUUUAUCUGUAGCCAUGGGUCUUUUGUCUUGGUGAUGGAUUCGAGAUCAGGAAAGGUACAAUACGGCUUCAGCGAAUUGUCCACCUAUCGCAUACUGGAACUCCUACAUGAGCAGCUACCGACUACCGUACCUACCGCUGAGUGUCGCAAUGUCG